UCGUUCGAGGAGGAAGAUGGUGUCAGCGGCAGUACUUGGCAGGAACUUUCUAGGAUUUCGUCGCCACAAACUUUUGAAAGAGCACAGAGUUUCGCGAACAGAAAAAUUCACUCCGUAUGAUUCAUCAAGAGAUUUCCCAUGGAAGACGUCUCCUCUGAAAACUUUGAAUUUGACUAUCUCAACGGGCGACGACAUAAUCAGAAGGGACAGAAUUCAGGUUGUAUCUCCAGAUAUAUCAGCACUUAGCUGGGGACCGGAGGUCCUUGAUGCUUGGGACGAUGAGUAUGGCGGGGUUGUCAUCGAUCCUUGGAGCUUACCCUCGAGUGCAAAUGCUUUUGCAUCUGCCCUAAAAACCUCGCUAUCCAACUGGAAAUUGAAGGGUAAGAGGGGAAUAUGGCUCAAAAUACUCGAAGAGCAAGCAGACCUUGUUCCCAUUGCAAUACAGGAAGGCUUCAAGUACCACCAUGCCGAACCGGGAUUCCUGAUGCUAACAUACUGGAUCCCUGAUGAGCCCUGCCUUCUUCCUGCCGGUCCUUCCCAUCAAAUUGGUGUCGGAGGAUUUGUGAUCAAUGACAAAAGAGAGGUCCUUGUGGUAAAGGAAAAAUGUUCCUGCAACUGUUCUGAUGUGUGGAAGUUGCCAACUGGCUAUAUCAAUAAGUCUGAAGAUUUGUUCUCUGGAGCUGUGAGAGAAGUGAAGGAAGAAACUGGUGUCGACACAGCUUUCCUGGAAAUGGUCGCUUUCAGGCAUGUCCACCUGGUGGCUUUUGAGAAGUCAGAUUUGCUGUUCGUGUGCAUGCUCAGGCCCCUGUCCUCUGACAUCACCAUUGAUGACAAAGAGAUCCAAGCCGCCAAGUGGAUGGGUUAUGAUGAGUUCAUCGGUCAACCCUAUUACCAAGAGGAUCACAUGCUGAAGAAGGCGAUGGAGCUGUGCAUGGAGGCGUACGAGGAGCGCUACUGUGGAUUCAUUGCUUACCAGCUGACCUCGAAGCUUGACGGCAAGCUGUCUUACUUGUACUAUUACGGGGGUCCAUGCAAUGUAAAACAUGAUGUGCUUUAGAUAUUUAACAAGUUUCUAAUUCAUACAACAAA